CUAGUAGUAAGGCACCUUGGUACUAGUAAUGCUUUUGACUUGAGCCAUGAAGCUGGCCAUGAGAAGCCUUCCGCGCCUGGCCCCGAGGACCUUUGAAGCCUCCUCUGGAAUGCCUUGGCUGGCGCUGGUGCCGGUGGCAGCUUGCUCAGCGUCUGUCUCGAUGCUUCUUUGCGAUGAAGGGUCUGCCACAACAAGCGGCCAGCCAAGAGCCCCGAUGGGCCGGUGGCGCUUGGAUUCUUCACAGAGCGAGCUACUUUGAACGAGCAAACAAGUUCAGCUGAGGUCAAACUCCAACGAUACUCAAGCCGUUUCGUACAAGCUGGGAAGGCCGUGUCCAUACAUACGACCUUCACCGAGUAGGAUGGGCUCAAUAGCUCAAUUUUGUGCGUUGUCCAAAGAAGGACUGGCGCAUGCAACCAGCAAUGCAUGUAAAUUGUAAAUCAUAUUGCUUAACUACAUAUUGUCCAACAAAGAAUACGAUGGACAGUCAAGCCAAGAGUGUGAAGGGGUAAGAACUCCCAUUCUCGGUUUUCUUUGCUCAGCUUUUAUUUGGCCCCAUUAUCUGGCCGCCUUUGGAUUACGGAUCAAUAAAACACUUUCGGAUUGCCUUGUUUUGCACCGUUUACAGAUUAGAACUCAGAGCCACCAUUGUGUGAUUAUUGUGAUAUGGGGAUGCAGGAUUAGAACUUCGGGCAGACCCUUGUUUGUUGGUGGCUCUCCUGCAUAGUAGGUGGCUUGUGAUUUUGGCCAACUGCAGAUCCAAACGCACUGAAAAUGCAACACCUCCAACUCAGUGGCUUGGAAUUGGUUGCUUGCAAAUCGGGGUUGUGUCCUUGAGGGUGGCUGGUUGUGUGUGUGGAUGCUUCCGCUUGGAACUUCUCACCCUGAUUGAGUGAGUGUUUCUUUGUUUCUGGUUCUGCUUGAUGACGACUUGUCUCUAAGCCUGGGGUUUGACUCGGGUUACUGUAAUUACAGAUACUACUGUAUAGCAAGGUUUAUGGCUUAUGCCGGCUUACGGAUUGUAAGUAAGGAAUAGUGAGGAUACGUUUUCUUUUAGUUUGUUUGUUUUUCAGAUUGGCAGGUUUACAGAUUAGUUUUGUGGUGCGCUCAUUUUGAUGAGCCCAGUUAAAGGCAGCAGGCAGGUUUGUUCACAACCUCUCACGACCAAGGUCGAUGCGGCCAUAUUUGAUGGGUUUGGGCUUGCCUGGCUUUGUGGCCGGGAUCAUUGACCGCAUCCCUGUGGAUCUCAACAUCAGUGUAGAGGAGGGUGUUUUGACGGUGAAGGACAAGACCUUCUUUGGCGAAAACUGCACAGUGAUCACUCUUGGCGGCGCAGAGGUUGAGCGAGAGACGCGCAACAAGCGGAAGAAGUUCAUGCUCUCCGCCUUCGAAGAUCUCUCCAAUGGAUCUCCCCAGCUCACAGUGCAAUGUCGUCUCUUCCAGCGUGGCGAUGGCUGGCGCUCGCUCCAGAGCUUCAAGGUGCAGGAGGGGACAUUGCAAGAAAGAUAUAUCCUGAAGCGGCCGGACUCUGAUGACAUAGUGGUGACACGGGUGUUCAAAGAUUUGAACUCUCCGAAGAUCCCCAAGGGUGAGCAGGACCUUUGCCAACACACAUUUGGAAGCUACCGAUUGCUCACGGGAGUGGGUAUAUUUGCAGUGCUGGCGUCAGCAUCCAUUUGCUUCGUCCUUACCCGCUCAGAAUGAAUCUGGAA